AACAUACCAUCCUAUUCACACAGGAAAGAGAAAUGGAGUUGUGGAAAGUUGGGGAGGGGCUUGCGCUUCGGCUGACCUCAGAGCUGCUGGGACCGUGGGAGGCGAUCGAUGCAGUGCAUCACGCUCGGGACACACCCUGCCUGUGAUGCAGCGCAGUGCAGUGGACAAGAGGGGGACAGUGGGAGUUUGCAUAACAGGCAGUUACAAUAUCCACAGAGGGAGGGAUGGGAAUGCUGAAUCAGUGAAACUGCGUGAAAGCCCGGGAGAGGGUGGAAGAGGGUACACGAGAAGGGGGAACAGCCAGGGGAGUCUGGGUAAGAUGUAAAGCAUGAUGCCUCGAAUGUGGAGCUGACAGGUCACUUUGUUCUACCUCCCACUCUGUUCUCACUUAGGAGACUUUUAAUAGACUUUAAUCUCUGCGUCGCUUUUAGCGCACAGUAGGGUUUGAGGGUUUAAAGCCGGAACUGUCCCUCUCAGCAAGCCAGAGUACAGACCAAUUUCUCUCGCCUUGUUCAACUGGACCUCUGCCAGUUCUUAGUCAGAUGGAGGCAGAUAAAGUGAUGUGUUUACCAAAGUUGUCCCGGGUCGCUGUGUGCGGCGGUACCCAUGGUAAUGAGAUGUCUGGGAUCUACCUGGUCAAAGAGCUGCUCAAGGCGAAGGCGAAAGGGGUGGAGGAGGAGGAGGAAGAGACGGUACCAGCACUGUUGGUGCUUUCGAACCCGCGGGCCAUGCAGCAGUGCCGUAGAUACAUAGACACCGACCUGAACCGCUGCUUCACCCACGCCGCCCUCACUGGUCCCAUGUUGGACCCAGAACUGUACGAAUUGGUCAGGUCCAGAGAAUUAAACGCCACGCUGGGGCCUAAAGGCAGUCCUGAGGCGGUGGAUCUCAUCUGUGACCUCCACAACACCACUGCCAACAUGGGCCUCUGCCUCAUCUCGCACUCUGACUGCGACUGGAUCUGCCUGCACAUAUUCAGGUACCUUCAGAGGCAGAUGUCAGAUGUGCCGAUUAGGUAUAUCCAUCUUGAUGUCUCCAAUAAAGAAGCGUACUCUCUUGAUUCAGUGGGAAAACAUGGCUUUGCAAUGGAGAUCGGCCCCCAGCCGCACGGCGUGGUGCGUUCCAACGUCUACGCCGUCAUGAAGGCUGGAGUGCAGCACAUGCUCGACUGGGUCACUUCCUUCAACUCAGGUAGAGCUUUUGAAAGUGGAUUUGUGGACGUGUUUACCAUGGUUAAAUGUAUUGACUAUCCGAGAGAUAGUAAGACCCACAACAUCACAGCAACCAUACAUCCUGAACUCCAGGACCGGGACUUCUGCCUUCUCUGUCCCGAAGACCCACUGUUCCAGACUUUCUCAGGGGAAACGCUAAGCUACAAAGGGACCGAACCACUUUAUCCGUUCUUCAUCAACGAAUGUGCGUAUUACGAGAAGGGCAUCGCUCUGUGUUUGGCGAGACAGAGGCGCCUGAGAAUUCCUGCGAUCCGAGUGCAAACGGAGCAGGAACAACAAGCUAAUAAACAAAGAUCUGCAUCAGAAGAAGAAGAGUGAAGAUUGACAGCACAAGUCACAAUGGAAUACAGUACAAAAAGAAAUUUAUUGCCAUUACAGCUUUUGCACAAAUGCAUGUGUACUUGAACAUUCAGUCACAAUAAUAAAGUGUACAGUAUCAGCUUCA